AACUUGUGGCUUUAACGGAGUUUUUUCCUGGAUGAUAAUCGGGCUGGUGUGAUGCGUGAGGAGGACCCGCAGUCAAGAAACUCCCCUGAUUUUUCCGCGUCUGACUGUCAGAUAGCCGGCUAGCUGCUCAGUUAGCUCACCACCUUAAUGCUAACGUUCGCUUGCAGGGCUCCGUAGUAGCCAAAAGGCGGGCUAGCUUGCUGCUUAUAUUUGCUCCAGGAGACAGGGAUGGCAUUUCGCCUCCAUCCGGUAAGCGAACUGAUUGAGUCUGGUGGGGAAAACACAUUUGAAGACCUGGUUGAUAAAGUUUGUCAGCACUCAUUAGCCUAGCCUAGCCUAUCCUAGCUUGUUGGUACAACGCCAGAAAACGUUGGCCGAGUGAGCGAUUUGCCUGUCCACUAGCGAGCUAGCCAAUUAGCAUUUUAGUUGCACAAGAAGACCUGCUAAUCCCCCGCUCAUCCCGGCUGAGUGUUUUGAAGCCUCUUGCACUUACCAAAUUAGACUAGAAGUGGACACUGGGCUGAUUUAGUUGGCCAAAUUGCCGUUAAUGUUUAAAAACUCAGGGGUGUUUUUGGCGUUUAGUCUUGCUAGGUGUUGUUAGCGACCUUAUAGGUGUUCUGUGGAGGGAGUGGUAACGUUAGGUAGCUAGCUAAGGUUCCCUGUUUCAGGGCAACAAUGUCACUCUGAUUACGGCUUUAAAUUACGAAUAGAUUUAACAUGACACAUUACUAAAUGUGUGUAAACCGACUGCACAUUGGAGUGUGUGCCCGUUGUUAGCUUGCUGCAAGACAACACAUAGAAAGUGCAAUAUAAUAUUAACUGUUCCCAAAAUAUGCUAGACAUAUAGCUUCCUGGAUUGAUAACUUAUUAAUUUUGUAGUCACGGUUACUGGUGUGAACUGUUGCUAUAUUGGGGGGGCUAAACACCAAUCCCUCGCCUGGUUCAGUGCUGGAAUAGUUUGAUGGACGUGGGAGGCUGUUUUCCAGGCUGUCAGUGCUAUACUCAGUCAUGUAUGUCGUGACACAUGGCACCUUGGUCUGUACAUAGUGCUGUCAGAUAUAUAAGUAUCGUUAUGUAGCUUUGGUGGACAGUCAGUAAGAGGAAUGUCUUGUCUUUUUUAUACCUGUUGGUUUGUUUUUUAUUUUCAUUUGUUUCAAACACAGGGGAGUCUUGUUGAAUCGAAGAGGGAAGGCAGUGCAGCCCGGGCUGUGCACAGUGGACAAUGUUUAUUAGUUAGUGCCUAGGAACUUAGAGGACUAACAGUUCGGCCUACAUAUAGGCCACAGAUAUUGUACAUUUAUCCAUUGGGGAUUGCAACAGAAGACUGCCAAUCUGGAUCAAGAAAACCUGUCCCUCGUGUCUGGUUGGAGUAACACUCUAAAGCCAAAGUCAAUGCCUUCAGCGUUGGCUGUGUUCGCCUGCCGACCAAACUCGCAUCCAUUCCAGGAGCGACAUGUGUACCUGGAUGAGCCAGUCAAGAUCGGCAGGUCUGUGGCUCGGUGUCGGCCGGCCCAGAACAACGCCACCUUCGACUGCAAGGUGCUGUCCAGAAAUCAUGCCCUGGUUUGGUUCGACCACAAGACCGGCAAGUUCUUCCUGCAGGACACUAAAAGUAGCAACGGGACGUUCAUCAACAGCCAGAGGUUGAGUCGCGGCUCGGAGGAGAGUCUGCCCUGCGAGGUUCUCUCCGGAGACAUCAUCCAGUUCGGCGUCGACGUCACUGAGAACACACGAAAAGUCACCCAUGGCUGUAUCGUGUCAACACUCAAACUCUUCCUACCUGAUGGGAUGGAGGCACGGCGACGAAGCGAUGUCAUCCAGGCUCCGUUACCACUACCUGUAGACAAGGUUGCAGCCAACACUCCCAGUAUGUAUUCUCAGGAACUGUUCCAGCUCUCCCAGUAUCUACAGGAGGCCUUACACAGAGAGCAGAUGUUGGAGCAGAAGCUCGCCACUCUGCAGCGUCUGUUAGCCAACACACAGGAGGCCUCGGAGAGCAGCUGGCAGGCUCUGAUUGAUGAAGACCGCCUGCUCUCCAGACUGGAGGUGAUGGGCAGUCAGCUGCAGGCUUACUCUAAGUCCCAGCCGGAGGAAGGGAUCCGUAAGGAGCUCCUGGCUCUCCAGGAGGACAAACACAACUACGAAACGACGGCCAAGGAGUCUCUGAGGAGAGUCCUGCAGGAGAAGAUCGAGGUGGUCAGGAAGCUGUCAGAGGUGGAGCGCUCGCUCAGUAACACGGAGGACGAGUGCACCCACCUGAAGGAGAUGUCCGAGCGGGGCCAGGAGGAGCUGAGGGAGCUCGCCAACAAGUACAACGCCGCCGUCAACGAGAUCAAAGAGCUCACGGAAAAAAUUAAGGAGGCGGAGGGCCGGCAGGAGGAGCUGACUCAGCGGGGGGCGACGGAGAAGAGGGAGUUGGAGCUGCGGAUCGAGGAGAUGGAGGAGAAGGAGCAGGUUCUCCAGGCUCGCAUCGAAGCUCUGCAGGCCGACAACGACUUCACCAACGAGAGGCUGGCCGCCCUGCAGGUGCGGUUAGAACAGCUACAAGAGAAAAGCAUAAAAGAAAACAACAGCCUGGAUGUGGACAUUGUCUCCCACGGACCAGUAGAGGAGGCUGUGGAGGAAAAAAAGAGCCUGCAGACCCCUGAGAGCCAGGAGGAAGACGAGGAUGAUGAUGGGGACACUGACACCGAUGAUGGUGCAUUUGGUGAAGAUGAAGAUGCUGAUGACAACUGUCAUGUUAACAACAGCGGAGGAGACUCGACUAGAAUCCAACAGUUGAUUGAAUGUCCGCCAGUCAAACAGCUGAAGGAGGCUGUAAGUUCUUCCAUCCACAAACUGGCCAACUUUGAUGAAGUGAUGGAUGCCCACCUACAGAACAACCAGUCGGGAGAAGACGACAUCCUGGCCAGCCCUGACCGACUCAAAGAGAACCAGACCGAUGGCAAAGAGUCCGACAUGUCAGACACUCUGAGUCCCAGCAAAGACCGCAGCAGUGACGACACAUCAGACGGCAACAUGGACGACCAGGAGCUGAUUGAACCUCAGAACAGAGGAGCUCUGCUCAAAGCUGAGUUGAAUCGGGCCGGGCUAGAGCCUGGAGAUACAGAGCAGGUCAUCCACCACCUCCACAGAGAGCUUCUGGACGCCCAGGAACUAGCCAACACCGGCAAGCAGAGAUGUCUGGAGCUACAAGCUCUGCUGGAGGAGGAGACGAGGAGUAACUCUAGGCAGACUGAAGAGUCCACCAAACAGAUCCAGUACCUGCAGACUCAGCUCGGGAAGCUGCAGGCCGACAUGGAGGGGCUGAGGGAGCAGAGGGAGAGCACCAUCUGCACCACCCGAGAGGAGCUCUACUGCGCCCAGGAGGAGAUUAUUGUCCUCCGGCACGCCAUGGAGGCGGCGACGACGGAGCGUGAGCGGGAGAUCAGCGCCCUGCAGGCCGACCUGAGCAGCGUGCGCUCUGAGCUGGAGCGCUGGAGGGACACGGCCGGGAGGUACGAGGGGGAGAUCAGCCGGCUGCAGGAGGCCUUCACACAGCAGCAGCAGCAGCAGAGCUCCGCCACACAGCUGCAGGCGGAAUGUGUUACGUUGAAGCAGCAGUGUGUGUGUUUGCAGCAGGACUGUGACGGCCUGAAAGGGGAACGGAAAGCUCUUACAGACAAACUACACCGCCUGGAGACUGAGCUGAGCAGCACCAGGGAGCAGAGCCAGGUCAUCAGCAGCAGUCUGGAGUCUCUGGAGAAGAGGGAGGGGGUUCUGCAGGACAAACUGGGUUCUCUGGAGAACCAACACCUGCAGGACGCAAGCAAGCUGAAGAGCCAGCUGGACCAGGCCCAGGCCCACACACACACACUAACCAGAGAGUAUGAAGACACACAGUCCCAGCUGUUGGACCUCCGUCAGCGCUACGAGAGGACAGAGAAGGAGAAGCUGAACAUCCACCAGGAGCUGGAGCAGUGCAGGAGCAGCCUGAAGCUGCUGCAGGACAAGACCAGCUCCAGCGGCUGGAGCCCCUGGAUGCCGGUCAUCGCAGUGAUGGUCGCCGUGACGGCAGCCGUCCUCUACCCCAACUUCUCCAAGAGCAGCUCCACCUAGGACACACACACACACACACACUCACACACACUCACAGAAACAGAGAGCGCUGUGAGGAGAGCAUCACUGCUUUACUUGUAUAAAGUCUAAUUGUACAUAAUUGUAGAGGGAUUAUAAAGGUUGUGGUUUCUACAGAGGAUUCAGAAGCUUCUCGGUUUAUUUUGUUUUUGUGUUGUUUUUUUCUGCGGCGGGGAGUUUUGUUGUCGUUUUUAUUCUCGGCUCUCUCUCAGCUGUGGUGGGGGCUUCCUCUGUUGGUCUCUCAGCUGAUUUCUGGGUUAAUAAAGUGUUCUCCAGCAGGCCGGCUUCCACACAGAACACCUGCCAGAGGUGGAGCUCACAUCCCUGGGAUGCAAGCGAACGCAACACUUUCCAGCAGAGAUAUUUGGUGCCAGGCUUCCGCAAAUAUGUAAAUUGGUUAUUUUAAUUCCAAAAACACUGCUCACCCUUUCCUUUUUUUGUCAGGGAAGAACAAAUGAUAAAUAAUGCGUUACAAACUUGGCAACGGAGGUUAUCAUUUUAUGAAAUGCUUAAUUGUUUCUGAACAUGCACUGCUAAAGCUCAGUAAAAACAAAAUGUCUGAUAUAUAAUGUGUUUUCUACCUAUUCUCCUGAGGCGCUGUAUAAAAGGAGUACGAAUCAAGUUUUGACAACUUUAAUAUUCCUUGUAAUGUUCUGUGGACAUUGUGCAUAUUCUUAAACAAAUCAGUGUUUGAUCAAAUUCUAACUCACGAGGGGCACACUGGUCAUAUUUGCCCCAGACCUAACUAUUAUUCUUUUUGCUCUGUUUUAUUAAUACGGCCCCAAAUACAGUGUAACUACGCAGUACAUCUACAUCGAAUUGGACCGCCCGACUUUAAUAAAAAGACAAAUAAAAAAGAACUAAGAAAAUUCCUAUCAGUAAAAUGUCAGAGUUAAUAUUUAGAAAAGAGUCUCAUUUUCCCUGAAACAUGAUUUGUGUCUGCUGGAAAGUGCUCGCGAUGUUUUCAGGAAGUCCGACUGCUCUGUUCCGGUUUAAGCUAUGUUCUAACAUGGACUUUUUAAUCUUUUUGGUCUUUUCUUUUCUUUGGGAGUUUCAGGGUCGGGGGUUAAAACUUGAAGCCAAAUUAUUCAAAUAAAAAUCCGAUUUAUUUUCUGUGAGGGGUUUGUUUUUUUCAUUUUUGUGGCACAGAAACGGGGCUUAAAGUGCCUCUGAUGUAACUUACACCACCGUUUGUGUAUGUGUGCGGACAAACGCAACCACACACUUUCUGGGAUAAACACACACACACUUGUUUUGUGACUGCCAGAGGUCUGUCAGUGUUUCGAGAGGAGAGAAGCUGAAGUUGCUAAUCCACAAUAUUUCAUCAGCUUCUACCUGAGCUUUCUCCGGGUGAAGAAGCCUGUGACUUGGUGGUUAAAGCUCAUAAACAAAUCUUGUAAAUUGACAUUCAUUUAAGAUUAUUUCAUCAAACUAUUGUGGAUUUAGCCCAACGAUUCCCAUCAACUGAAAGAUGAUGCCUCGUUCAUGACUCUAAGGACGAAGCGGAUGAUCUCUUGAUCCAGAAUACAAUAUUUGAACUGUUACAGGAUGGAUCUAAAUUAGGUGCUGACUUUUUAUAAUAUCUACUCUUCUAAUAACUAAAUUCAUGACCAGACAACUCAAAAAGGGUAAAGAACAAAGCUAAGGGGAAAUGAGGCUUAAUUGGCUUAGUACUUAUUGUAGUGGUUUUAGUCAUGUUGGAUCUCUGUGCAUGUUCAGCCUUGUGCUGCUGCAGCAUUUACAUUCAUCUGAUGGCAUUACAUUCAGUCUUUUUGUUAGAAAGUAUUACUAUAUAAGAAUUACCAAGGUGUUUAUACAGACAUGCAUGUUUAUUUGCCAUCUGAUGAAUGUAGAGGGUGCACGUUAGCAUGUGGACUCACGCUGUCAUUUUAGGUCCAUGUAAAUGAGCAUGGUAAAGGAGUUAAGGUUAUCUUUUUCUGAUCAAAACAGUUCAGUUGGGAUUAGUGGAUUAGUGUGAAACCUUCAGCAGGAAGGUAUCAUGUGCACGCAUGACAAACAAAACACAGGGACGACUCAGCAAAACGUUUCUUUAUAGUGCGAACAUCCUUUCAUCCACAGGAAUAAGAUCAGCUUCUCUCCAAACGAGCUUAAAACACAACAGGCCUUUCUUUAGCAGACAUUACUUUGAUGUGUGUGUGUUUCUGUGUGUGUACAGGAGAGUGUGUGUCUGUUCACACUGGACUCAUCGUUCGUGUACUCUGUCUCGUCUCCGUGUUUAAAUAAAAUAAAAGACAACGAACAAAUAUUCCUGAUGUUUAAAGAGAAAAACACUACAGUACAGAGAGAGAAUUGUAAAAUAAAAUGUUAUUGGAUGAUGUGCUACUAGACUUAUUUUGUUAAAAUUGUUUAGAGAUAUGAGAGGGAGCUAUGUAGAGGAUAUGAUGAUGUAUUGAAUAUGCAGAGCGAUGUUUGGAUUAAAGUUGUAGCAAGCUGACCCACCAAACC